CCCGGGAGGGGCUUCGCGUCUUGGAUCCGCUGUAUGUGUAAUUCUAAACACGUUUACUUACACAGUAGUUCUCUAUACAUAUAUUUCCAUGAUUCGUCAUAGUAUAUAAGUAUAUAUGUGUGUAGAAAGACCGAAAUCCCCGCGAGUGAGACACCCAUAUCAUCAUCUAUACUCCAUAACGUACGGUACUGUUGAAUCAAACAGUGGAUUUUUUUAACAAUGACAUGGUGAUACAUUAUUGAAGUAGUGCUUUUUACCAUUUUAAAAUUAACUUACUAAACGUUUCAUCAAUAAAGGGACCAUGAAGUGUUCAAUAUUUAUUAUAUUAAUCUCAGCACUUUACGCAUCAGCCAUUGUUUCAUCACCACCGCGCAUGAUAAAACAACCACCGACAGAUGAAUUGCUUUUUCAAGUAGCGCAGCAAAAUGAAAAUGAAAAGCCGUUUGUUAUUGAAUGUGAAGCUGAGGGAGAACCAGGGCCAGCCUAUACGUGGAUAAAAAAUGGAAAACCUUUUAACUAUGCUGCGUACGAUGACCGUAUAUCAGUACAACCUGGUCGCGGAAGUCUCGUGAUUGCAAAACCGCGGGAUGAAGAUCUGGGACAGUACCAGUGUUUCGCUAAAAAUGAAUUCGGUACAGCAACUUCAAAUUCUGUAUUUGUACGUAAAGCCGAGCUAAAUGCGUUCAAAGAGGAAGAAGUACAAUCGCUGACCGCUAACGAGGGUGACCCGUUUCAUUUGUCUUGUGCGUCACCAGAUGGUUGGCCAAAGCCAAAUGUUUUUUGGUUAAUUCAAGACUACCAGGGUGCCAUUAAGUCUAUUAAUAAUUCGCGAAUGACACUUGAUCCGGAAGGUACACUCUGGUUCAGCAAUGUCACCAGAAAUGACGUUUCUGAGGACUUUUACUACAAAUGUGCCGCAACAAGUCAAGCUCGUAAUGAAUUUAAACUUGGUAAUUCAUUUUUAUUGAAUGUUAUUUCCGGCGGAUCUUCAAAUACUCACAAUAAACAUGAACCAGUAAGACAGUAUGUAACUCGUAAAAAUGAAAUAGCAUUUCGUGGAAAAAAAGCCGAAUUGUACUGCAUAUUCGGUGGUACACCACUGCCGGAAAUAAUAUGGAGUAAAGAUGGUGAACGUAUUAAAACAUCUGACCGUAUUACGCACGGUAAUUAUGGUAAAUCGUUGAUAUUAAAACGCGUUGAUUUCCAAGACCAGGGGGUUUAUACAUGCGAGGCUUCAAAUGGUGUUGGACGUGCUAUUUCAUACUCGAUUAAUUUACAAGUCAAGUCAGCGCCGUACUUUACUGUUGAACCGGAAAUAGAAAAUGCCGCGGAAGAUGAAACUGUUACGUUUAGAUGUGAAGCUCAUGGUGUACCUGAACCGGAUAUAAAAUGGAUUUAUAAUGGUAAACCUAUUGCAGAAGCACCUGACAAUCCUAGACGAGAAAUAACAACAAAUUCAAUUACUAUUAGACAAUUAACUAAAAAGGAUACUGGCAAUUAUGGUUGUAACGCUACCAAUGCCCAUGGAUACGUUUACAAAGAUGUUUAUGUCAAUGUAUUGGCAUUGCCAGCUGAAAUAACUCAACCACCGGCUGACAUUGUGACAGUUGAUGGCAAAGAUAUUAUAAUGUCGUGUCGAGUAUUUGGUGCACCUAAACCUGCGGUUAAGUGGAUACGCAAUGGCCAAGAAUUAACUGGCGGACGGUUCAAGACUCUGGAUUCUGGUGAUUUGAAGAUAACCAAUGUUGGUUUUAUUGAUUCAGGUGCUUAUACCUGUUAUGCUUCUAAUAAACUUGGUCAAGAUGAAAGAAACGCUACACUUGUUGUUAAAGAACGAACUAAAAUAACCGACAAGCCUGAGGAUUAUGAAGUUUACGCAGGAUCUUCAGCAACAUUUAGGUGUAAUGCUAUCACGGAUUCAACUCUAGAGCUAGAAAUCGAGUGGCUGAGAAACAACAAUUCAAUAGACUUUGAGAUUGAACCUCGUUUUGUACAAACAAGUGACAACUCGCUAACGAUAUCUAAAACAACUGAAUUGGAUUCUGGUAUUUAUACUUGUGUAGCCAAGACAGAAUUAGAUGAAACAAGAGCCUCAGCAACUCUCACUGUCCAAGACGUGCCAAAUGCUCCAGUAUUACAAGGAAUACAGUGCUACGAAAAUGAAGCACGAAUUAACUGGGUAGCUAUGGGUGACAAUCGAGCGCCUAUUUCACAUUACAUCGUUGAAUACAACACCAGUUUUACACCCGACUCUUGGGAAGUCGUUCGUGAUAAUAUUCCCGGCACUUCACAAACUUACAAUCCACCGAUGUCGCCCUGGGCCAACUUUACAUUCCGCGUUAUUGCUGUAAAUAAAGUCGGUCGAUCUACACCGUCACCACACAGCCAAGUCUGCACUACUCUGCCAGAUGUACCUUACGAAAAUCCAAAGAAUGUUAUGGGCAAUGGAACAGACCCCCAUAAUAUUGUCAUCUCCUGGACAGUUAUGCCGCAAAUUGAACACAAUGGACCGAAAUUUCAGUAUCGGGUUAUGUGGAGAGAAGAUAUUCCCGGGAAAGAAUGGGAGAGAAAGGACAUUUCAAAUUGGCGUAUAAAUCGUUAUGUGAUAGAUAAUCAACCGACGUAUCAAAGAUAUCAAAUAAAAGUCGUUGCUAUUAAUGAGGUAGGAGAAUCGCGGUCUGAGCCUAAGGUAGUUAUUGGUUAUUCUGGUGAAGAUGUUCCGACACAGCCACCGGGUAACUUUACUGUUGAAGAAGUACUUUCGAGUACAAAAGCACGAUUGUCUUGGUCUCCAGUUCCUCGAGAUACCGUUAAAGGUGAAUUACGUGGUUAUAAAAUUCAAACAUGGACGGAGAGAGACGCCGAGGAAGGAAUGCGAGAAAUAACGAUUCCCGGUGCUAAUACAACAAACGCAAUUAUUGAUAAAUUCGUUCCUUACACUAAAAAUUAUGUUAAAAUUUUAGUAUUCAAUGGCAGAUAUAACGGUCCCCCAUCUGAGAUAUUGAAUUUCAAUACACCUGAAGGCGUUCCGGGUACUGUAUUGAGUUUAGACGCUUACCCGUUAGGCUCGAGUGCUCUCUUCCUCAAGUGGACUAAACCAGCUGAGUCAAAUGGUGUUUUGACGGGCUACAGAAUUUAUUACCAGAUUGUCGAAGGCACAUCGCUCGGUCCUUUGCUAGAGCGACAACCUCACGUCAAUAAUCCAGAGGCCACUUCUGCUAAAUUAGCAACUCUUAAGCCUGAAACAAAAUACCGGGUACACAUACGCGCGACAACGCGUGCUGGUGAAGGUGUUGACUUUUACAUUGACGCCGAUACUCGCAGCUCACAGAAACCCGAUGUGCCACAAUUCCAAUGGCAAGUUAUACCCAAAGAAAAUGGAUACGUUACUAUUAAACUAACUUGGCUACGCAAUCUUAAUGGCUAUCCAGGAAGUCAUUUCUUCGCAAAGUAUAAGCUCAGAGGUGAGACUAUACCACUUGAAACAGAGCAAGAAUUUUUGAGUGAUGAUCUCGAAAUAAGAGGGCUUUUGAGCAGUGAAAUUUAUGUUGUAUCUAUUGUCGCUGUUGAUGGUGACUAUUUGACUGAAAGUGAACCUCAAGAGAUCGAAACAAGUAGUGAGGGCCCAAUCAUACAACCAAAAGAAAAUGUCGCCACAGCUGGAUGGUUUAUUGGUAUGAUGCUGGCUAUUGUCUUUCUUCUAAUGGUGCUGAUAAUUGUCUGCAUAAUAAAACGUAACCGCGGUGGCAAAUACGCGGUACAUGAACGUGAACUAGCUGCCGGACGUGGUGAUUAUCCAGAAGAAGGUGGAUUCCACGAGUACUCACAACCACUGGAUACUAAAUCUGCUGGCGGGCGCACUUCCCUGGCAUCAUCAUCUCAUCAAGACGGCAAACAUCCGGAAUCUGAUACUGACUCUAUGGCUGAAUACGGUGAAGGCGAUACCGAAGGUAUGAAUGAAGAUGGGUCUUUCAUUGGUCAAUACGGCCGUCAAAGGAAACCAGAGCCCAAUUCACAAGCAUUUGCAACGUUAGUCUAAGGACGUUUCACAGAAGACGGAUCAUUCAUUGGUCAGUAUGGGCCAAAAGGAAGACCUGAUGAAACACCAUCAAUUCCAACAGGUUCGAUGGCAACUUACGUUUAAAUUUCGUCGUGUUUUCAAUUGACAUCUUCACCGUCGUAUGUUUUAAUUUUACUAAUGUGUAUAAUAGAGAAAAAAAAAAAAACUAAAA